UUCUCUACGUUCUUUCUUCUCCCCUGUUCUCUACGUUCUUCUUCAUCUUCUGUGAACAUCAAUGGCGUCCCUCUAAUCGUGAAAUUAGUGUGUUCUCUCCUCUUGAUCAUUAUAGUUACUCUCUCCUCCAAUCUGUGCGCAAUUCUCAAUCACCAUGAACGGAGCUUCAAUAAACAAAGAUGUUUCAACAAGCCUAACUCCCACGAAGGAUGCUAAACCAAAAUCUAAGAGAAAAGAAAAACCUCCACCUGUUACAUUUGGUUUGCGUAUGUUUUAUGGAGGGAUUUUUUCGGCUCAAAAAUCACAAGUAUUGUGGGUUGGUGGUAAAAUGUUGAUUGAGUGGAGGUUUAUUUACAGCAACUUCACUUGUGGUGCUUUGCAUAAAUUUGUGAAUGAAAAGUUGAAUGUGGAGGCAGGAGGGUAUAAGAUUUGGUUUAAGAAGAUUGGUAAGACCUUGGCGACGGGAAGAAAGGUUGUUGCUAAUGAUGAUGAUGUGAAGGAGUUAUUAAGGUCAUUAGUAGUAACUGAUGGUGGUAGUAAACACACAGUGACUGUGUAUGUGUUUUUCAAUAGUGGGGUGGGAGUUGAACAUUGUGUGGCUCCACAAGUGUUUCCUACAGAAGAUGCUCAAUCUACCAUUGAUUACACAACCACUAACAUCCUCCCAUCAUCAAGAGUUCCACCAACUUUUAAUCCAUCAACAACACUUCCAAAUAAACUGACCCCGAGGAGGAAAUUAACAUACAAAAACUGAGAUCCAGAUGCUCUUGCUACUGGUAGAAGAGAGUUCAUAGCGCAUGCUUUAAAGCAGGUAGAUGAGGAAGUUCAACAACCUAAAAAGCCAAGGGAGGAGGUGAGAAGCAAUCAAAUAUUACAUACUCCUACGCGUAGCUUAAUACUCGUAGAUGAGCAAGCCAAUGCGGAUGAGCAGCCUCAAACAAUUGAGGAGGUGACGAGGGGUUCUUUCAGCACACCGAGUAGAGCUAGGGUUGUUAAUUUUCCACCGAAUUUCCAUAAAAAAACUGCAAAAAAACCGAGAUCUAGAGAUGUUUCUGAGCUUAUUCCACUUAGAAGGAGUCCAAGAGAUCAGAAUAGAGUGUCUGGUGACGGUCUUCCCACUACAGCUCCCCCUCCUUCCUUCACGAGUCCAAGGAGGGCUUCAUAGAAGGUUGUUUCGGCAGUUUCGACAUUUAGAGAUCAACAAAGGGUUAGUCCAAGGAGGUCUGCAAAGAGAGGUAACAAAGGGAAAAGAAAAAAGAAGUCUACAGAGAAAGAAAGGGAGUGCGAAUCAGAUUUUGAUCCAGAAGAACAGGAAGGGUAUUUAUCUGAUGUCCCGAUUCAGGAACAUGAUUUUGAAAACCUAAUUAGUGAAGAUUUAUUUAGUGUUGAUGUUGAUAAAGGGAUUUCUGAGGGUCUUGAUAGGGUGAUAUUAGCUACUGGUGAAGCUCAGAAACAAAGGAAUUCUAGGUUUAACCAAGAUGUCGAAGAGGAACCGAUAAUUGAAGAUGAAGUCGAGUAUGUUUCUGAUGAUAACAAAAGCAUUAAUGCAUCUGAUGAUGAGGGGAUUUAUGCCCCUGUAUUCAACCCUGAAGUAGAUUUCAGGACAGUAAACUUGAGGGCAGGCUUGAAGUUUUCAUCAGUGAAGGUGUUUAGAAAGGCGUUAAGGCAUCAUGCGGUGGACAACCAUUAUGACUUCUAUUUUCUUCACAACCAAAAGGCUAAGGUGAGUGUUUAUUGUAUGAAUAGAUGUAAGUUCCCUUGGGAUACAAAGAGGUCAAAGAGAGUGAAGUGUACUUGUGGGGAAAUUCUUUGCAACUUUAAGAUUUUAGCGAUGAAGGUACGGGAUGAAGAGACUCUUCAGAUUAGAACCACUAGGCUUAAGCAUGACUGUUGCUAUGCAAACUGGAACAGACAAGUCACUGCAGAGUAUUUAGCAGAGAGGUACUUGGAAGUGUUUAGAAAUGACCCAACUUGGGCACUGGUGAAGGGUUUUGGAGUUAGGGUUUUGCAAGAAACGGGUGUUGAGUGUGGAUACAAUAAGUUGUGGUAUGCUAGAGCUAGGGUGAAGUAUUUGUUGUAUGCGGAUGGAGCUGAGCAGUAUAAGAGAGUAUGGGAUUAUGUGGAGGCAGUUAAGAAGCACAUUGAAGGAAGCUACGCAAUUUGCUGCACAGAAACCAUCGACAGACCUCCCCCCGUGUUUCAAAGAAUGUUCAUAUGUCUGAAACCAGUUCUUGAUGGUUUUAUGAGGGGAUGCAGAUCCAUUAUUGGUUUAGAUGGUUGUCAUUUGACUGGUUUGUUCACUGGCAUAUGUUUGGUUGCUGUUGCUUCAGAUGGAAACAACAACAUCUAUCCCCUAGCUUGGGCAGUGGUAGAUACUGAGAGAACCGACACUUGGACUUGGUUUAUUGAUCUUCUUGGAACAGCUUUGGGAACAACAGAUGGUGAAGGGUGGACUUUCAUGUCAGAUAGGCAAAAGGGACUAUUGGAAGCAUUUAAAAAUGUGGUGCCGAAGGCUGAAAUAAGAUUUUGUUGGAGGCAUGUAUGGUGCAACUUCAAGGAGAAGUUUCCGGGGCAAGCGUUCAAAGAGCAGCUUUGGAGUUGUGCAACUGCAACAACACAGCUCGAGUUUAACAAGCAAAUGGAGGAUUUGAAGUUGUUAUCUGUGGGUGCACAUGCCUAUAUGGAUAAAAUUCCUCCUAAGUAUUGGAGUAGACAUGCUUUUAGUUCGAGGCCUAAGUCAAAGAUGCUACUCAAUAACAUGUGUGAGAGUUUUAAUAAUGUGCUUAAACAAGCUAGAGACAAGCCUAUUUUAACACAUAUGGAGUGGAUGAGGAGAUAUGUGAUGCAAAGGCAUUGCAAAAAGAGGGAAGGAGUUAGGGGUAUGUUGGGGAAAUUCAUGCCGUAUGUGAGAAAGCAACUAGAGUGGGCUGAGACUCAGAGGAGGUUUUGUUUGCUGAGUAAAAGCAGUGACUACUUUUUUGAAGUGGAGAACAACAAUAAUAUUUUCAUAGUUGAUUUGUUUAACAAAAAAUGUACCUGCUACAGUUGGGAGUUGACGGGGAUCCCAUGUCAUCAUGCUUAUGCUUGCAUCCUGUAUAUGAGGCUUAAUCCGGAAGAUUUUGUUGCGGAUUGGUACUCAAAGGAGAUGUAUAUGGUUGUAUAUGAGGCUAUUGUACCACCCUUACCUGGUCCUAAUCAUUGGGAAAAGAGUCAAAAUGUAGAGCCGGCCCCGCUUCCUUAUAUUACUAUGCCUGGAAGACCAUCUAAGAAGAAAAGAAAUAUUGGAGCGGGGGAAGCAGAGGAAGCUGCGCAAAAGAAAGGGAAAGAUGUACCUCCUGGUUUGAACAACAAGAAACAGAAUGGGAAGGUUGAUGAUGCUCAGCAUGCUGCAAGGGGUGGGAGGCAGAAUAAGUGUGGCAAUUGCAAGAAACUUGGACACAAUAGGAAAACAUGCAAAGAACCUAUGGACUGCACUGUUGAAAUAAGGCCACCCCCAACUGGUAAACCACCAUCCGAUGACCCGUGGUGCAUAUACAGAAGAGAGAGAAGGGAAGCCUUACAGAAGCAAAAAGAGGCUAAUGCUGAUAUUGUUACUCAAGCAUCACAAACAAGCAUUGCUAGCUGUUCACAACAACCACAAAGCAGCCCUAGCCAUGCUAUGUUUGAAUAGACCUAGGAUACCUAGUUUAUGCAUGUUUAGAACAAACAAUGUUAUUUUGGAAUGUAAUAUAAGGUAGCUUUUUGGUGGAGAAAAUAUGGGAUGUAAUAUUGCAAGUCACGCUUUUCAGGAGACUUGUGUGAAUUGACGAAUUCAUGCUAAGAAUUUUGCUUAUUUCA